AUGGCGACAAACAAUGGCGGUAGUGCACCAGGUUCGGGAGGUCAACAACAGUCGGGCAAUAUCACCGACACCAUUGUGCAGAUCCUCCGUAAUCAGCAAGCACUCAUGGGGCAAAUGUCGCAGCAACUGGCAGCCACCCAAUCCGCCAUCAAAAGUUUGUCCCGCGAUGAAGUGGUACUCGAUUCGCUUUCCAGUAACAUGGUGGAAUUCGUGUACAACAAAGAAAGCGGUAAUACCUUCGAUGCCUGGUUCUCCCGCUACAGUGAUCUGUUUGACCGUGACGCUUCCAAGCUGGAUGAUGCCGCGAAAGUGCGUCUACUCCUGCGCAAGCUCAGCCCGCCGGAUCACGAGCGUUAUAACAGCUUUAUUCUGCCCAAAACUGCUCGGGAAUUCACCUUCGCCGAGACUGUGGAAAAGCUGAAGGCGCUUUUUGGUGCAACCAUUUCCAUCUUUCGGCGGCGCUAUAACUGUCUCCAAACAACCAAGGAGGACAGUGAAGACUACCUCGCGUAUUCCUGCAAAGUGAACAAGUCGUGCGUUGAUUUUAAGCUGUCUGAGCUGACCGAAGAACAGUUCAAGUGUUUGACGUUUGUGUGUGGACUCAAGUCGAAGCAAGACGCGGAGAUCAGAAUGCGCCUCAUCAACAAGCUCAAUGAAGCUGAAGAUCUCACACUCCAACAAGUGGUUGAACAGUGCAACAGCCUGGUGAACCUCAAACAGGACACCGUGCUUGUGGAGAACCCGUCAUCAGUGAAUUUUGUGGCACACAACAAGCGGAACAAACCCUAUCGGUCGAGCAGCAACAGUCCUUCUCGAGAUCAACCAAGAACACCCUGCUGGUCCUGCGGCGGGAUGCAUUUCAACAAGGAUUGCCGAUUUCGCGACCACAAGUGCCGUGAUUGCGGGAAGCAGGGUCACAAAGAGGGGUACUGCUCCUGUUUCUCUUCGAAGUCAUCGUCUGGCGCGUCAAGUUCAAAGAAGCCAGCACCGAAGAACAAGAAGAAGAAGCGAAACCAGUCAACGAAAACAGUGACAGUGCAGAACAUCAGUCAAGGCCGGAAGUUCAUCGACGUCAAGCUCAAUGGUGUUCCUCUCCGGCUGCAACUGGACACGGGAUCGGAUGUGUCGAUCAUUUCGCACCGUUCGUGGAUCAAGCUCGGUCGACCAAAAGUGCAAACAGCAUCAUGUCAAGCAAGAACAGCGUCUGGAGAGCCUCUGGAUCUGGUCUCGGAGUUGCACUGUAGCAUUACCCUGAACAACGUCACGAAGGAGGGUAAGUGUUACGUCGCCGCUCCUAACGUCCAUCUAGACAUUUUAGGGAUUGAUCUCAUGGAUAUGUUUGGAUUGUGGAACCAGUCCAUCACGUCGUUCUGCAAUCAAGUGACCACCGAGGAAACCCAAGAAGUCGCUGACCUCCGUGCCCAAUUUCCGAACGUUUUCACCACGAAGUUGGGCUUAUACAACAAAACUCCAGUUCAGUUGGUGCUGAAGAACAAUCCAAAACCGGUGUUUCGACCCAAACGACCGGUAGCUUACAGCAUGGAGAGCGCUGUGGAGGAAGAACUUCGACGGUUGGAGAGCCUCGAUAUCCUGAAGAAGGUCAACUUUUCCGAUUGGGCGGCCCCGAUCGUUGCCGUCCGAAAGCCGAACGGGACGGUUCGAAUAUGUGCGGAUUUCUCAACAGGCCUGAAUUCCGCGUUAGAACCGAACUGUUAUCCUCUGCCGUUGCCCGAGGAUAUCUUUACGAAGAUGGCAAAUUGUCGAUAUUUCAGCCACAUUGAUUUAUCGGACGCAUACCUUCAGGUUCCUGUCGACGAAGCAAGCCAGCAGCUCCUCACCAUUAACACCCACAAAGGCCUAUACCAGUUCACCAGGUUAUCGCCCGGCGUAAAAUCUGCUCCGGGGGCCUUCCAGCAGAUAAUGGACACCAUGCUCGCUGGUCUCACGUUCACCGUUGGUUAUUUGGAUGACGUUCUGGUCGGAGGUCGUACGAAGGCCGAGCAUCAACGAAAUCUGCAGAAAGUUCUCGCUCGCUUGCAGGAAUUCGGCUUCACGGUGCGCAUCGAAAAAUGUAGCUUCAGCAUGCGUCAAGUGAAGUACCUGGGUCAAAUACUGGACGGAGACGGUAUCAGGCCAGACCCGGAUAAGGUGGCGGCCAUUGUCAACAUGCCACCCCCGCACGACGUACCCACUCUUCGGUCGUAUCUGGGUGCCAUAAAUUACUAUGGGAAGUAUGUGAAGGAGAUGCGCACUCUUCGGCAGCCGAUGGACGAGCUGCUAAAGGCGGAAAACAAGUUCAACUGGUCAUCCGCCUGUCAGAAGUCAUUCGAUCGUUUUCGAGAAAUUCUUCAAUCACCGCUGCUGCUCACACACUACAACCCAUCAAUGGACAUCGUUGUGUCAGCGGAUGCGUCAUCGGUCGGGCUGGGAGCCCGCAUUGCACAUAAGUUCCCCGACGGAUCGGUGAAAGCCAUCUACCACGUGUCUCGAAGCUUGACUGCAGCGGAAACAAAUUACAGCCAAGUGGAAAAAGAAGGCCUGGCCCUUGUGUUUGCCGUGACUCGGUUCCACCGGAUGUUGUUCGGUAGAAAAUUCACUCUAGAAACCGAUCACAAACCGUUGUUGCAGAUUUUUGGCUCUAAAAAGGGCAUUCCCACCUACACUGCAAACAGGCUUCAAAGGUGGGCCCUGACACUUCUACUCUACGACUUCGAAAUCUGCUACAUCUCCACCGACAGCUUCGGGCAUGCGGACGUAUUAUCAAGGCUAAUCAACAGUCACGUGCGUCCCGAAGAAGAAUAUGUCAUCGCCUCCCUAGAGCUGGAACACAGCAUACGAACAACCAUCAACGACUCGUUACAAGCUUUCCCGCUCUCGUUCAAGGUCAUCCAGGGGGCAACUAAAAGUGACGACUGCUUACUGCGAACCAUUCGUUUCGUCAAUGAAGGUUGGCCGUCGAACAAAGGAACUAUCAGCGACCCCGCAACCCAACAGUUCUAUCUUCGUCGUGAACAUCUCUCCAUCGUUGCUGGAUGCCUCAUGUAUGGUGAAAGGUUGGUCAUUCCGUCAACCUGUCGGAAGAAAGUGCUGCAGCAGCUGCACAAGGGGCACCCUGGUGUGGAGCGUAUGCGCUCCAUAGCUCGUCAGUAUGUUUAUUGGCCAAAUAUCGACGAUGAUGUGUCCCGACUAGUCCGUUCCUGCAACGAGUGCGCCAGUGUAGCCAAGACAGACCGGAAAACGAAUCUGGAGUCCUGGCCCAAACCAGCGAAGCCGUGGCAGCGCCUGCACUUGGAUUUCGCCGGUCCACUAGAUGGGAGCUAUUUUCUCAUCCUGGUCGAUUCGUUCACAAAGUGGCCAGAAGUAGUUCGAACGAACAACAUUACUACAGCGACAACCUUGCGAAUACUCCGUGGCAUCUUCGCAAGAUACGGGCAACCGGAAACAUUGGUUACCGACAACGGAACUCAACUAACCAGUGACAAAUUCGAAGCAUACUGCUCAGCAAACGGGAUCGUCCACCUGAAAACUGCUCCAUAUCAUCCGCAGUCCAACGGACUUGCGGAGCGGUUCGUGGAUACAUUCAAGCGAACCCUCAAGAAAAUCACCGCAGGGGGGGAAACCCUCGACGAAGCCAUCGAUAGUUUUCUGCUGUGCUAUAGAUCAACACCGUGUCGAAGCGCUCCAGAUGGAAAGUCGCCUGGGGAGCUAAUGUACGGAAGGCCGAUUCGGACAUCCCUGGAACUCCUUCGGCCACCGACACCGUACAAUGAACCAUCCAAGGACCAAGCCAAGCAGUUCAACCGGAAACACGGAACAAAAGCUCGAGAAUACCAUCCCCAAGAUCUCGUUUGGACCAAAGCCUACUCUGCAAACACUUGGACCUGGACACCUGGAAAAGUGAUCGAACGUAUCGGUAGUGUGAUGUACAACAUUUGGCUACCAUCGAAGCAAAACCUAGUUCGGUCCCACUGUAACCAAAUGCGGAAACGUUACGAGUCCGAAGACAACACCCAACUCAGCAGUACACCGAUACACGCUCAAGUUCCGCUAGCGAUUCUCCUGGACAGCUGGGGCCUACGCAACACCAUACCUGAACCGGAAGUAGAAAGUAGUCAGCCAGUAUCUCCUUUGCCAGCUGCGCUACUCGAGGACCUGCAGCCAGUUCCACAACGUCGUCAACGAACUCCCCAAACCAAUCUACAGCAACAAUCGAUUCCUACUCGCCAGUCUUCAAGAGUCCGAAGGCUGCCUGUGAGGUACGAGCCGUACAGCCUUUAUUAA